AUGAUAGUUUCUUUUCCAGGAAUUCUAGCCACAGAUACACAUCAUCCCCAGGAUUCUGCUCUGUAUCAUCUCGGCAAGCAGCUAUUACAGAAAUAUCAUAAAGAAGUGAGACCAGUUUACAACUGGACCAAGGCCACCACAGUCUACCUGGACCUGUUCGUCCAUGCUAUAUUGGAUGUGGAUGCAGAGAAUCAAAUAUUAAAGACAAGUGUAUGGUACCGAGAGGUCUGGAAUGAUGAAUUUUUAUCCUGGAACUCCAGCAUGUUUGAUGAGAUUAGAGAGAUCUCCCUACCUCUAAGUGCCAUCUGGGCCCCCGAUAUCAUCAUCAAUGAGUUUGUGGACGUUGAAAGAUCCCCUGACCUUCCCUAUGUUUAUGUGAACUCAUCUGGGACCAUUGAGAACUAUAAGCCCAUCCAGGUGGUCUCCGCAUGCAGUUUAGAGACAUAUGCUUUUCCAUUUGAUGUCCAGAAUUGCAGCCUAACCUUCAAGAGCAUUCUGCAUACAGUGGAAGACGUAGAUCUGGCCUUUCUGAGGAGCCCAGAAGACAUUAAGCAUGACAAAAAGGCGUUUUUGAAUGACAGUGAGUGGGAACUUCUAUCUGUGUCCUCCACAUACAGCAUCCUGCAGAGCAGCGCUGGAGGAUUUGCACAGAUUCAGUUUAAUGUGGUGAUGCGCAGGCACCCCCUGGUCUAUGUCGUGAGUCUGCUGAUUCCUAGCAUCUUUCUCAUGCUGGUGGACCUGGGGAGCUUCUACCUGCCACCCAACUGCCGAGCCAGGAUUGUGUUCAAGACCAGUGUGCUGGUGGGCUACACCGUCUUCAGGGUCAACAUGUCCAACCAGGUGCCACGGAGUGUAGGGAGCACCCCUCUGAUUGGGCACUUCUUCACCAUCUGCAUGGCCUUCUUGGUUCUCAGCUUAGCUAAGUCCAUCGUGCUGGUCAAAUUCCUCCAUGAUGAGCGGCGUGGUGGACAGGAGCAGCCCUUCUUGUGCCUUCGAGGAGACACCGAAGCUGACAGGCCUAGAGUGGAACCCAGGGCCCAGUGUGCUGUGGUAACAGAGUCCUCGCUGUAUGGAGAGCACCUGGCCCAGCCAGGAACCCUGAAGGAAGUCUGGUCGCAGCUUCAAUCUAUCAGCAACUACCUCCAAACUCAGGACCAGACAGACCAACAGGAGGCAGAGUGGCUGGUCCUCCUGUCCCGCUUUGACCGACUGCUCUUCCAAAGCUACCUUUUCAUGCUGGGGAUCUACACCAUCACUCUGUGCUCCCUCUGGGCACUGUGGGGUGGCGUGUGAAGACUGAAGUGUUCUUCAAUAAUUGUGCUGGCACUUAGGAGAGAGAGGAGGGGGAAUAAUAGUGGGUUAAAAAGAUUUCUGGGUCAGGUGUGGUGGUUCUUGCCUAUAGUCCCAGUGCUUUGGGAGGCCAUAGCAGGAGGAUUGCUUGAGCCCAGGAGUUCGAGACCAGCCAGGGCAACAUAGUGAGACCACAUCUCUACCAGUAAAUAAAUAAAUAAAUAAAUAAAUACCUGGGCAUAGUGGCUUAUGCCUGUACUCUCAGCUACUUGGGAGGUUGAGGUGGGAGGAUUGCUCGAGCCCAGGAUUUCAAGGCUGCAGUGAGCCAUGAUUGCACCACUGCACCCCAGCCUGGGCGACAGAGCAAGACCCUGUCUCAAAAAAAAUAAAAUAAAAGGCUUUCUGCCUUCAUUGCCUCUCCAUUGAGUCCAGCUUCAUGCACCUAAUAGUCUGCUGUGUGACCCAAGAAUCAUAUGUUCAUGAAAAUGUAUAAACAGUAUGAGUAUACAGUAAAAAAGUAAACUUUCCUUCUUAUCCCAGUCCACUCACCCAAAGUAACCACUGUUAGUAAUUUCUUCCAGAAGAUUUCUAGACACACACAUGCAUCUAUGUAUGCUUAAGCAGUUUUUUAAAAAAUGUAAGAUAGCUCCAUCUUCUAGCCCUGCCUUGGCCAUUUAUUCAGUCACCCAUUCAACAAAACCUUUAUUGAGUAUUAAGUCCUAGGCAUUAUGUUAGGCACACCAGAGAACACAAAUAAGUCAGCACAGGUUAUUAUUCACUUGAUGUGAUUCCCAUGGUCAACCUGGUACCAACCAACCAGAGCAUAAAAUUCCUGCCAUAUCCCUCACCUCCUGAGGCUCUUGUUACCACUUCCCAGCUAAGUCCACUGCCUCCACCCUCUUCCUGUGCCUCCUCAGCAGUGCAUCCCCACUGGAGAGAACCCAGGUGC